GUUCCCUACAAAGUAAAAAUAGAAUUAUUUCAUCUUUGCAGCGGCUCAAGAACUCAACCAACGGCAAUGUAGCCAACAGUCCAUGCUGAUCCUUGGAGAUUGUCAUGAGAACAACAAGAGGCAACAAUUGUGCCUGUUGCACCUGAUGAAAUGAUUGGGCAACCCGAACGAAAUGUCAGAUGCAGUAGCUCCGUGGCCUUAUGUUUUAGAUAGUUUAACAAAGAAGGCUAAAGAAUGGAGUUUGAUGAAUGGAUUAGAAAAGAAGAAUGAAUUUGAAAUAGCUAAGCAUGUUAUGGAACACAAAACCUUGAGGUCUUAUUUGUUGGAAUGGUUGGAGAGUUGUAUCAGCGUAAGUGGUAAGAAAUCUACUGCUGAUUCAUUAAAAUAUCGUACACAAGGCAAUAAUGCUUUUAAGAGACACCAUGAUUCUGCUAGCUUGUCACUCUAUAAUGACUGCAUUCGAUAUGCUCCACCCGGUAGUGAAGAGCUUGCCCUGGGGCUAGCGAAUCGUUCUGCUGUUCUAUUCCACAUGAAGAGAUUUAUGGAAUGUGCUAUUGAUGCAGAAAAGGCUCUAUCCCUUCCAUAUCCUAAAAAAUUAAGAUCCAAAUUGAUGCUGCGGCAAUCUCGCUGUUACCUUCAACUAGGCAAUUGGGAAAAAUGUGAGUCAAUUCUGAAUUUAGCAGAAAAAAAUCUAUUGGAUCAACCUUCUUAUAAUUGUGACUCUAUAAAUGAUGUCAAACAAGAGGUACUUUCAAUCUUAUCAGAAGUAAAUGAGAAGCGUAAAAAUACAACAGUUCCAUCAGCUAAACAAACAGCAGAGGAAUGCUUGCCAACUUUACUAUGCGGCACUAACUCCACAUUUCCCUCUGUGUCAUCAGCUUUAGAACUGAGGUAUGCUGACACCAAGGGUCGCUUUGUAAUUACAAACCAAGAUGUGAAACAGGGGGAUGUUCUGUUCAUAGAAAAGCCAUAUGCAUUUGUUGUAUUGCCUGAUCACUACAAAGAUCAUUGUCAUCAUUGCACCAAAGUCCUAGUAGCACCAAUACCGUGCCCUAAUUGUGUUGAUGUUCUAUUCUGUGGCAAUGUAUGUGAAACAGCAGCACUUUCAAGCUACCACCACUGGGAAUGUGGAGGAAUGUCUUUGAUGUCUGCAGUUGGUGUGGCUCAUCUAGGAUUGAGGAUAAUUCUGGCAACAGGUCCACCAUCUCAAGUUCUGCACAAAGCUGAUACUACUUCUCAGCACAGUCAGGCCGAUGGAAUUAAUUGUUUGCAAGAUCCAUAUUCAGCUGUUCAUUCUCUAGUACCCCACAUAAAGGAUAUGUCUUUGGAUGAUAUUUUUCAAUACACUGCUACUGCCGAGCUGCUUGCAUUAUAUCUAGUGCAUAAAACUGACUACUUCAAGAAAGACACCAAAAGCCUAAAAGUUGAGAGUGAUGUCCUGACUGAAGUAUGUGGGCUACUUUUAAGGCAUAUUGCCCAACUAGUCUGUAAUGCUCAUGCUAUCACAAAAGUGGAUUGUGAGAAAAGCUUACCUGAAUUUUCUGAUGGCCGUGCCAAUACAGUGAUUGCUGAAAGCCAGCAACGUAUUGCCACUGCUAUUUAUCCAUCUGCCAGUAUGAUGAAUCAUUCGUGUGACCCCAAUAUUAUAAAUAGUUUUUUCAAUGAAAUUUUAAUUGUCAAGGCAAGUCGCGAUAUACUAAAAGGAGAGGAAGUCUUUAAUUGCUAUGGCCCACAUUUUCAAAGGAUGGGGACAGCUGAAAGACAAGCCGCUCUUCAAGCUCAGUACUUCUUCUAUUGUGAUUGUACAGCUUGUGUUACAAAUCCUGGAGAGUCUUUUGAUCCAGUUCAGGAACGUCUUUGGGCUUUGAGGUGCUCUUCAUGCAGUGGGCCUUUACUCAAUGAAGCUCCAGGGCGCGAACCAGCUGGUAGUAAAGUACUCAAAAACGAGCUACCCAACUCUCACUUAAUGGUUUGCGAUGGUUGCGGUUCACAUCAGCCCAUCAGCAGUCUUGUUGGUGAUGCAUUCUCUGCCCUCAGUCUUUUCCGGAAAGGUUGUGAGGAAAUGGAUAAAGGAGACAUGCAAAUUGCAUUGAACAACUUAAAUCGAUGCAGAGAGCUUCAAGAAAGAGCAUUGUAUCAUGGUAACAAGGACCUUUCAGCCACCUACGAUAUGUUAGCUAAAUGUUAUGCUACACUUGGCAAUUACAGUAAGAGUGUUGAAUACCUAGAACUCAUGUUGCCAGCAAUUGAAGAGCAGUAUGGUGCCAACAGUAUUGAAUUAGCCAAUGAACUGCAGAAGUUGUCUGACGUAAUGCUCUGCAAUGUUCGGACAAUGGAAACAGUUCCUCCAAAACAAAUACUUAAAAAUGCAACUCAAGUUGUAGAGAGAGGUUUAUCCAUUUUGUCAGUUCAUUAUGGCAAAUGGAAUCAAGGUUGGCAAGAUUUAGACAAAAAGUUGCAAGAACUCAAAUUAAUGGAAGAAAUGGCUACAGUUCAAGGCAAAUUUAGUGGCACAACAACAUGAUUCUAAUUCUUUCAAGUUCAAAGAGACCCUUUCUUUGAAGAUUAGUUUUACAACUAGAUGAUAAUUUAAUCAAUGGGAAAUGUUAAGGAAAUAAAACUAAUUAGAAGCACUAAA